AUGGAAGGAGGAGAAGGGUGGCAGGAAACCAAAACAGGAGGAAGAAGAAGGAGAAUCGGAAUUUUAGGGGGUGGGAGUAACCCAUGCUACUUCAAGAUUGACACAGAAGAGUUGAAAUUCUUGCCAUCGGUGGUUGGAGUUAACGGGACUAUUUACUUUGGGGAGUCACGAGGUCAUCUGCAUUUGGUGUUGAGGAAGUGGGCUGAUCGUGGUGAGAGACAUUUACAGCUGAACGUGUAUGAGAUGUUGAACGAUUAUUCUGGGUGGUUUCUCAAGUAUCGAGUGGAGCUUGAUGAGCUUCUGAAUGCUUACCCUCAGAUGAUCCAGACGAUCAAGGUGAUAGGUAGAGACCAAGAUCCGUCGAUUCCACAAUUAUACAAUUAUUCUGUGUUAGAUGUGGUUAGGGGUGAAGAGGAUGAUGAAACGUUCAUGGCGAUUUUUAUUCCGGGGAAGAUCAUAAAGUCCAAUGUAUAUGACAAAAGUUUCAAGCAGAUAUUCAAUCUGAGCCCAAUAAUCUAUAAGUCGCAAGUUCAUCGCUUUAUUGAAACCUUAGUUUCUUUCUAA